AUGGCGAGUCAAGCCAUCGUCGCGAUGCGCAUAUGCGCGCCUCCCGCCCUUGCGCCCUACAUGGGCGCGCGGUGGCGGAAAGCUCCCAAUACCCCGCAGUUCAGCACCGCCUUCGUCGUUCCCAUGCGGACGAAGCGCGUAACGCUGAGCUUCAGGCGCAACUGCCGUCGCCCGAUCUCCGCCAUCUUCCGCGCUCAGCGAGCGGGCGAGACGCGGCCAGGAGCGCGGUCGUGGAUGGAGCGCAUGGCGAAGGCGGCGGAGGAGAUGGCGCGCGGCGCGGAGCGCGCGUCGAAGGAAAUGGCGAAGGUGGCCGCGGCGACGCUGGAGAACCACAGCAAGGCCAUCGAAGCGGCGUCGCCGCUGCUGUCGCAGAUCGUGGGGGGAAACGAGAAGGCGACCAACUUCAUCGCGAAUCUCAUCGUUCCGCACGCCCCUGGAGCCUCCGCCAGCGGAUCUUCCGCCACCUCCCCGCGCUCAGCAGCUCCGCAGCAGUUGGCGGAAGACCAUCUGCGCGAGGUGUCCGAUGACGUGGUAGCCCACGUCAGCAUCAAGCCUGCCAACGUGGCGCCGAUGACGUCAUCGUUCACAUCCCCGUCAUUGGGCGACGAUGAUUCCGCUGCUGCUGCUGCGGCUAACGCGGAUCCUACCUCGGUCCCACUGGAAAUGCGCAAGGCGGGCGCGCACGUGCUGGAGGGGCGGGAGGAGCGCGGCGCAAUGCGCGCGGAGCUGCAGGCGCUGGAGGCGCGCAUGGACGCGGCUUCCGCGGCGGUGGAGGCGGCAAAGAGCCGCCGGGGGGAACUGCUCCAGGCGCACCCGGAGCUGCGGCAACGUGUGACCGACGUGGUUGAGGGGAAGGUCAUUCCACGCGCCUGUAGUCACCCCCCUCCCCCACCUUUCCCCCGUUCCCCCCAUUUUCCUCCGUUCUCCCCCAUUCCCCCCCGUUCUCCCCAGCUGCGGCAACGUGUGACCGACGUGGUUGAGGGGAAAGUCACUCCACGUGCCGUCACCGUCACCCCCACGGCUGUAGCGCCGUCCUCUCCGUCUAACGCGCCGUCUAAUGCGCCGGGCAACUCGGACGCGGAGGGAGAGGCGCAGGAGGAGUGGGAGGAGGCGGAGGAGGAGCAGGCGCAGGCGCAGGGGGGCGCGCACGGGGCCGCGCAGCAGGGGGUGGUGGCGGGGUCGGUGCAGGCGCUGCGGGCGGGGCGGCAUAGGCAGCGGGAGCGGCUGCAGCGACCGGGCGUUGAGAGGAGGCGACAGCACGCCGCUCAGGUGGGUGUUGGCAGUGGGGAAUGGACGAGAGGAAUGGUGAACGGGGGAAGGGGGAAAGCGGGGAGGGCUACUGACAUGGUGCGCCUCUCUCAUGACAUGAUGACAUGGUGCGUCUGUCUGUGCUGCGCUCGCUGGCAGAGCGUCACGGUGUGCUGGCGCAGAGCACACUCGCGAGCACAGUCGCGCAGGCAGCUCUUUCCAAUUUCCCCUCUCAUUAUUCAUUUCCCGAUUCCCAUUCAUUUCGUGUGCCCUGCUCGCCCCCGCCAGGUGCGUCUGUCGGUGCUGCGCUCGCUGGCAGAGCGUCACGGUGUGCUGGCGCAGAGCACAGCCGCGCAGGCGACAACUGGACAGGCAGUAACUGCACAGGAGAGCGAGCCAGUGCAGGUCGCAAGGGAGGAGCCGCAGCAGCAGCAGCCUCAUCAGCCUGUGGUUGACACGGCAGCACUGUCCCCUGUGGAGCUGGAACUGCAGCAGCAGCCGUUGCCGCUGCUGCCUGUGGUGGUCACGGCAGCACUGUCCCCUGUGGAGCUGGAACUGGUGAGAGCACCUGCCAUGGGAUCCCUGCUGCCUCCCCUCCCAUGUGCCCUCCCCUCCCCUGCCCUGCCCUGCCCUGCCCUGCCCUGCCGUGCAUCCCCUGCCGCCUGUGGUGGACACGGCAGCACUCUCUCUUGUAGAGCUGGAACUGGUCAAGGCGGAGGAGUCAUGGGACAAGUCAAGGCGGAGGAGUCAUGGGACAAGUAUUUGGAGGCGGUUGCGUGGACCAAGGCUCGCCUGAACUCGCUGCGCUCGUCCGCGCCCUCCCCCUCCGCGGCGGCGCUGCUCAGCAUGGAGGCGCAGCUCGUGUCUUCCCUCGCGUUCGCGCAGCAGCGCGCGGACGAGGAGGCUGCGCGCGUGGCGCAGCUGUGCGCGCGCGUGGGCGCGGACGCGGGGGAGAGGCGGCGGAGCAGGGAGGAGGGGCUGCGGAGGGCCGCGGAGGCUGGGGCGAAGAUGGGGAAAGGCGCGGAGGGGGGGCCGGGAAACGGGGAGAGGGGGGAGCGGGAGGGAGAUGAGGGGAAGAGGGUGGUGAGUGGCGGCAGCAGUGGGGGGUCGUUGGCAGGGAUUGGCGACAUGAUGAGUAAGGUAAGAUGCACAAGGGAUGCCGAUGCUCGAGUCAAUGGCUGCUUCCCCUCUCCAUCUGCCCCUUCCAUCUGCCCCUUCCAUCUGCCCCUUCCAUUGCCCCUCCAUUUCUCAAACCGUGUCUUCACCACCCACUCCCCCACGCCCUCCUCCCUCCCCCUCCCUCAGCUCGCCAACAUCCAGCACACGCUCGAGUCAAUGGCCGCCUCGCCACCCUCCCUCGCACUCAAGGCCGCUCUCCCCUCGCUCUCCCCCGUCUCCCCCUCCUCCGCUUCAGCCCCCUCCCUCUCCCCCAUCUCCUCCUCCUCCUCUUCCCCCUCCCUCUCCCCCUCCUCCUCCCCCUCCUCCGCCGUUGCCUCCCUCUCCUCCUCCUCUCACACUCUCUCUGCCUUUCUUGCUUCCCUCAAGUCCCCUCGCUCCUCCCCUCAGCAGCAGCACGGAGUGGACGGAUUGGUCCGGGAGCUCGUCCUACAUGGCGCCAGUGAGGACUGGGCCCGAGGCUACAUCGCCGAAGCUCUGCUCCGGCCGAACGUGGCUGCACCCAAGCCUCUGGCUGUUGCCAUUGCAUCCGGGCCUCCCUCUCCCCGUGCUUCUGCUUCACACCACGAGUGUUCACAGCACGAGCUGCAGCAGUACGCACAGGCCAUCCGCAGUGCCUAUGUGGAUGCAUCCAUGAGUGCCUCUGAGCGCGAGGUCGGCACCAGCCUCUUUGUCGAGGAGCUGGUGGCGAUGGGUGGCAAGGAGGUGGAGCAGUGGGCGAGGUCCUUUGUGGCUCAGUCGCUGGCCACAGAAGUGCGCAAGCGCAAGGUCGUGCGCGCUUAG